GCUAUACAGGGAGCAGACAUGGAUCGGCAGCUCAGCAGACCAACAUGGAGCAGGCAGAUUGAGUUCACUCUGGCUGGGAUUGGCUGUGCUGUAGGUCUGGGCAAUAUAUGGAGGUUCCCUUAUCUCUGCUACAGGAGUGGAGGAGGUGCCUUUCUGGUGCCAUACCUGCUUAUGCUGGUGGUGUUGGGGAUUCCUCUGCUCCACAUGGAGCUGACUGUGGGUCAGUACACGAGGAGAGGGCCUGCCCAUGCCCUAGCUAAUGUCUGCCCAUUGUUAAAAGGAGUGGGUGUGGCAUCAGUGGCAAUCUCCUUUAUCAUGUGCACUUACUACAAUGUCAUCAUCACCUGGGCUCUUUAUUACCUCUUCAACUCUUUCCAGUCACCCCUACCCUGGCAGAACUGCAACAAUACCUGGAACACACCUAACUGUACCAAUCAUGCCACCAACAACAGCUUCUCCUCAACACCUAGCUACGAGUUCUUCAAAUAUAAGAUGCUGGAGCAGACUAGUGGACUGGAGGAGACAGGAGUGAUGCGUUGGGAGCUUUUCCUUAUCCUCCUCCUGGCUUGGAUCCUCCUGUACCUUUGCAUUUUCAAGGGGGUGAAAUCAACAGGCAAGGUGGUGUACUUCACCGCUCUGUUCCCGUAUGUUAUCCUCAUUGCCCUGCUGAUCAAUAACAUGCAGCUUCCUGGUGCAUUAGAUGGAAUAACCUUCUUCAUUGUGCCAGAAUGGGACAAGCUGCUUUCAGUGGAGGUGUGGGUGAAUGCUGCAGCUCAGAUCUUUAACUCCAUUGGGAUUGGCUUUGGCUCCCUUUUGGCCAUGGCCAGCUACAACUCCUUCAACAACAACAUUCUGAAGGACACCCUGACAAUAUCCCUUGUCAACUCCUUCACUAGUAUCCUGGCAGGUUUUGUCAUUUUCUCUGCCUUUGGAUACAUGUCUCAUUUGCAGGGCAUUCCCAUCAGUGAUCUGGCUGUGGAUGGUCCAGGCUUGGUUUAUGUUAUUUACCCACAAGCCUUUGCCAACAUGCCAUUGGCUCAGCUCUGGGCUGUGAUGUUCUUCUUCAUGCUGCUUUGCCUAGGACUGGACAGUGAGUUUGCAAUGGUUGAAGUGAUGGUGACCAGCCUCAUGGAUGAAUUCCAUCAACAUCUGAUUAAAAUUUUCAAGUGCAAGGAGCUGUUUGUUCUUGCUAUUUGUGGUGGAGCAUUACUCUUAGGAAUUCCUUGUGUUAUGCAGGUGGGAAUCUAUGUAUUUCAGCUGAUGGACCAUUACACCGCUAUAGUGUCCGUCAUGUUUCUUGCAUUCUUUGAGGUUAUAGCCAUCUGUUGGAGUUAUGGUGUGAAUCGAUUAUCAGACAACCUCAAAGAGAUGACUGGAGAAAGAGCAAACAUCUUUUUCAGGCUGUGUUGGUUAAUAGUUGCUCCUGUGCUGAUUACUGUUAUCCUCAUUUUCUCCAUCAUCCAGUUCAAACCGGCCCACUAUGAAAACUAUGUCUUCCCGCCCUGGGCUCAGGGAAUAGGCUGGAUUAUUACCUUGGCCUCCAUCAUCUGGAUUCCACUGGGUGCCAUUCACACACUGUGGGUGCUGCCUGGCUCAUUCAUGCAGAAAGUCAAGCUGUCUAUCACACCAUGUACACUGGAUGAGAUGUCAAAAAUACCAUAUUAUGAGAGGGGAGGAAAAGAUGGCUAUCCAGUCAUAGCUGUUGCUAGCUCCAACAUCCAUCUACCAGAAAAACCUCCUGUUCAGACAGAGCUCUGAUAAAUCUUUUUGCUCAGCAUAAUCCUCAUCUAUUCACCAUCAGUCCCAGAUAUUUAGCAGGCUAACCAGAAAUUCUUUGCAGUUAGUUUUAAAGUUGCAUUAAUUAACUUAUCCCUCUAAUUUUCAACCAUUAAGAGUUGAGAAUCAAAGCAAACUCAACCAGUAUCCCCUCC